AGUGGUCACGUUCCGUUUGAAGGUGGAGCCAACAGGAUUUCCUGCAGGACUGUAUGUGCGCCGACAGCAAAAGAAAAAACAAGGAUUAUUCCAGGGUUUUUUGUUUCAACAACCGGAAGAACGUUCCAUCAACUGAGAUAGGCAAGGCUGAGAUUGAAGCAGGUUUCAGGAGGAAGAGCAGGAGUUGGUCUAAGCCGCCUCUUAGUCUAGUCCUGCUCCAAGUGUGAUUCCUUCCUUGGACUGUUUGUUACCUGUCCCUAAUGAGCAAUGGGCCACUUUUGCUCGAGUUUGGUAUCUCUUAGAUGGGAAAAUGCAGCCCCCUGGCAAACUUGCUGCCCUGGCAUCAGUUAAACUUCAAGGAUUGCAUAAGCCUGUGUACCAUCAACUGAGUGACUGUGGAGAUCAUGUUGUCAUAAUGAACACAAGGCACAUUGCAUUUUCUGGAAACAAAUGGGAACAAAAAGUAUACUCCUCACAUACUGGCUACCCAGGUGGAUUUAGACAAGUAACAGCUGCUCAGCUUCACCAGAAGGAUCCAGUGGCAAUUGUUAAACUAGCUAUUUAUGGCAUGCUGCCAAAAAACCUUCACCGAAGAACUCUGAUGCAGAGGUUGCAUCUUUUCCCAGAUGAAGAUAUACCAGAAGAUAUUCUUAAGAAUUUAGUGGAAGAGCUUCCUCAACCACGAAAAGUGCCCAGACGUCUAGAUGAGUACACACAAGAAGAAAUAGAGGCUUUCCCAAGAGUUUGGUCUCCACCUGAAGAUUAUCGGCUGUAAGAGAAGGAAAAUUUCAGAAAAUAACAGUGCGGUGAUUGAAACUUCUUCCUGAUGAGUUUCUCCUUCCUACAGGGCAGGGUGAAACAAUUGCUGCCUUUUGACAAGAAACCUGUUUUGGGCGCUGAAUGUUUGUGAGGAAAGGUCAGGAAGGGAUAUUCCUUCAAUAGGAAAUUGCAAUAAAAUACAUUCUUUUAUAGAAUUGUUUUAUUAUGUAAUCUGAUUUGAAUGUUAUAAUGAUAAGAAUAAAACUGCUUACUUGGUUAAC